AUGGGAGGAGCUCAAGGAAAUAUGGGAAUAUCAAAUUCAACACCUUUCGAUAUUCAAGUCAAACUUCACUCUGAUAGAGUCAUGGUGACUAAAGAUUCAAAGAAGACAUCCUACAGUGUAGGAUUGAGUGGAGGAUAUGCAGGAGUGAAGGGUGGAGCAGAUUUCGGUUACAGUGGAGAGGUGAGUGCUGAAUAUGCUCACUCAUUGGUUGAUCCAAACUUUAGAGGUUACACAACAGUCAAUGCCAACACUAGGAAAGAUUGGGAAGGCUUAGACACAACUAAAACAUGGUAUAUCACUGUUAUCAUUCAACUUGGAGAUGAUAAAGUCAAAGUUUAAUGUGAAAGUGAACAACUUCAUUCUCCUAAUGUCAUUCUCGGUUUCACUGAAUCUGGAAAAUUUGAAUUCGUAGAUCUAGAUCCUAACAGAUCAUGGAGAGUUAAAGCUGGAAGAGGUACUCAGAAUUACUACGGUAGAGUUUGCAAUGGUUGUGGUAAUAUUAUUGCUUGCCCUACAUCAUGCUCAGACUACAAAGAAUUCGGAGGUCACCAUUUAUGA